CCAUUAACAAUACUUAUACGGACGGUCAACGAUGGUGCAGUCCUAUGAUUGCUACUAAACUAUAAUAGGCCACCAAAACAUUCCUAACUCUUGACUUGGUUCAUCACAUCACACCUCCAUAAAUCCAAAAGUAAGAAACAAAGAAAAGCAAAGAAAUGGAUGCAGAGGUGGUGAUGAUCCCAUACCCAGCCCAAGGCCGCAUCAACCCGGCUGCCGCCUUUGCCGAGUCCCUCGCCCUCCACGGCCUACGCGUCACCCUCACCACCACCAUUUCCCUAUCCGAAACCGCUACAUUCCACCACUCAUCCAUCACCAUCCACCCCCUCUCCGAUGGCCACGAGCAAGUCACCCAGCCCGAGACCCUCGAGGCCUACCUAGCCCGUCUCAAGGCCAAUCUGUCACGCAGCCUGGCCGCCUUCUUGGACGAGUGCGGCCAGGUUAAAGCCGUGAUCUACGACUCUGCAAUGCCGUGGGUGCUUGAUAUCGCGCACGAACGAGGCUUGCUCGGGGCUACAUUUUUCACUCAGCCUUGCAGUGUUACCGCUGUUUAUUACCAUUUGGGACAAGGGUUGCUGAGGUUUCCACACAAUCAAGACUCGACUGUGAACUUGCCGGCGCUGCCUCCUCUUCGACCGCAUCAUCUGCCUUUGUUUGCACAUCUUGAUGAACCGAGGAUUACUUUGGAUCUUGUUGCUCAUCAGUUUGAUAAUCUUGAGAGAGCUGAUUGGAUCUUCUUCAACUCAUUUUACAAGCUUGAAUCUCAGGUAUUAGAUUGGAUGGCAAGGAUAUGGCCAGUCAAGACUGUUGGACCAACUUACUUGCUACUCCAAAAAAGCAAGAGAUCAGUUUCGAACCACAUCAUCAACCUGUUUGAGUCAAAACAAGAUGAAGCGUGCCAAAAAUGGCUCGACGCCAAGGGGAGCGGCUCGGUCGUGUACGUCUCUUUCGGAAGCUUAGCGUCUCUCCAAAAGGAGCAGAUGGAGGAGCUCGCCCACGGCCUAGCAAUGAGCAACUGCCCAUUUUUGUGGGUGGUGAGAGCUUCUGAGAUGGAUAAGAUAAAGAAUCUUGAUUUAGAGAAAGGCCUUGUUGUUGAGUGGUGUCAUCAGCCACAUGUACUGGCCCAUAGCGCUGUGGCGUGCUUCCUGAGCCACUGUGGAUGGAACUCGACUCUCGAGGCACUGAGCCACGGCGUGCCUCUUGUGGCCAUGGCGCGGGAAUAUGAUCAGCCAACAAAUGCUAUGUUUGUCGAGGACGUAUGGGGGUUCGGGAUCGGAGUUAGAGCUGGCGAGGAUGGAAUCGUUUCGAGAGAGGAGAUCGCGAUGCGGGUUAAACAAGUUGUUGAAGGAGAUGAAGGGAUUGAGCUCAAGAAAAAUGCUUCUAAGUGGAAGAGUUUGGCUCAUGAGGCUGUGGAACAAGGUGGGACUUCUGCUACUAAUAUUGAUGAAUUUGUUUCCGCACAAAGAAAAAUAGAAUAAUAGAGAGAUGAAACUCACUCGGUCCCAAUAAACUUGUUGUAUUUUCCAUUUUCAGCCUACUUCCUUCGUCCCUGAAUAAUUGUCACUCUUUGACAGGACUAAGAAAAAUUGAUUGAAAAAGUUAGUAGAACGUGGAA